AUGUCCUCUCGAGUCCACGCGUACUUGUCUGACACAUGGAACCGUGAUAAGGUCAUGGCGAUCGUGCAGUUUCUCCCGAUGGCGCUCGAGGGCCCCGUGAGGAAUGCCGGUUGUGAGCCGCUUGCUGCGUCGCUGGGCAACCUGUCGAAGAUGGCAGACGCAUACCGUGCGGUGACUCGUCUCUCGCUGCUCUUCAACGCACUUUCGCCCAAGACACUGGAGAGCUUGGCGAAGCCGAAGGAAGACGCCUUUGUUUGGCGCCUUGAGCAGAUCUCUCACGCCUUCCAUAUUGGUUUCUGUCUGAACGAAAACCAGGCUGUGCUGGCGGGUCACGGAGUGCUGAAGAGUGAACUGUCACGCCUUGGCGGGAUUGCCGUACUCUGCUGGCUGUACACACUGAUUCUCGGCAUUGUCCGGCAGGUGUAUCUGUUGAUGAAGCACAACCCCAACUGCCCCUGCAAGGCCCUCGCACCACACAGUGCGGUGGGCGAGAAGAAGGUGGUGCCGUACACGCACGAGCAAUGCAAGGAAGCUAUUGUGAAUCUUGUGAAGAUGGGCUGUUUCACUGUGUUUGCAAUGACAUGCCUUCCCGAGGGCAAGCCGCAGCUGCUGACUGACGUGAGUGGCCCCUUCGUGCCGUUGCACACACUCAUCAAGACGAUUUCACCAAACAAGCUGCACCUGUGCGACAGUGUUCGUGGUUUGCUGGCCUUUGUCGCCUCUAUGUGUGAUUUUUACUAA